AUGUACACAUUGCUGCUGUUUACAGUGCUGCUCACUGUUCUCCUCCCCCCAGCGGCAGCUUCAGGCCCAAUCAUGGAUCUAACACCGCCUAUCAGUCCAUUGGACUUGACAUACCCAGUAGACGAGCUUUCCGUAUGCUACUUUUGCGCCGGCAUGCAGUUCGACUUCUGCCAGUGCAUUCUGGCUCUGCCGCAGAUGCCGUACAAUUACGUAGCAGCGCCCGAACACCACGCUCCCACGAACAUGCCGCCGCCGGAUACGCACGAGACGGAAGUGAACUUGACACCGGUCUGGAACUACGUCACCGGCGACCCCAGGCCAGUUUCGAACGAGUACAUCCAGCGCAUUGAUGCGAAUGAGACAACUGUGCAGCCGAUUACUGUCCAGGCGUACAUCAAUGGUAUAUACACUCCGGGCGACCGCUCUUCGUCGCGCCAGACCAAGUCUAGGAAGCGCUCAAGCAGGCGGCAACCUCCUCGCGAAGGUGGCUUCAUCUGCAACGAGCCGGAAUGCACUGGAGUAUUCGAUCGUCAGUGCGAUCUCAAUCGUCACCAGAAGACAUCCCACUGCAAUGAGCGGCCUCACGUGUGCCCAACUUGCGGCAAGGGCUUCAUGUACCCAAAGGACCUUCGCAGGCACAAGCCUCAACACCGAGACCCCUCGUCCAUCAUGGACACCUUUCGCUGCGAACAUCCCGACUGCACCAACCUUGAUGGCUUCUCGCGCAAGGACAACCUCCAGAGGCACAAGCGAAAGCAGCAC